AUGGCAGAGACAGAGGUUGAUGUCACCUCUUUGACCCGGGUCUAUGUUUCAGGCUUGCCUCCGUCCAUGACAAAAGAACAAUUGCGAUCACAUUUUCAAGGAAAGUUCCCAGUCACAGAUGCUCAUGUUGUAGCAGACCGCCGGAUUGGCUUUGUUGGAUUCCCUUCCCAUGAGCACGCAAAAGAUGCCGUGCGUUACUUCAACAAGUCAUUCAUCCGUAUGUCCAAAAUCUCCGUCACUCUGGCCAAGCCCGUCGAGGUUAAACGCGAUCUUCGUGGGCAAGCUGCACCGGUAUCCCAGCGUUCUACGAGGCACCGGCAAGAUAAUGAAUACCUUAAGAAUAUUGUUAUAGGCAAAAGGAAGCGUGCGACCGAGGAUGCUGUGGAUGACAUGACCAACCCAAGGCUCGGGCCUGCGGCACAGGAGAAGUCGAGAGCAGAUGGUCAGGAGGAGGUCCUGGUCUCACCUGCAAAAGCACCGGAAGAUCCAAGCACUACCCUACCACCGACAGAAGCCGCAGAUGAUGGUGAUACGGGCACCGCACCACAGUCCGAUAAUGAUUGGCUUCGAGGGAAGACCAGCAGACUGCUCGAUUUGGUAGAAGAUGAUCAGGCUCACAUACAACCGCCGUCACCGGAUGCUAGUCAGUCUUUGGAUCCGGAAAAGGUCACCGAUGAUGUUGUAGAGGAUGAUACCAUCAUCACGGAGCAACAGAGUUCCACCGAACGCCCUCCUCCUGUGUCCGUUCCGAACGCGCGACUUUUCAUUCGAAAUUUACCGUUUGAUACCAGGGACGAUGAUAUUAGAGCGACAUUCUCUCCAUAUGGUCGAAUAUCCGAGAUACACCUAGUCACAGACACAAAGAGAUCUACCGGCAAGGGUCUAGGCUACGUCCAAUAUGUCGAACCGCAAGAUGCAGCACAGGCUCUUCUUGAACUUGAUGGACGCGACUUCCGAGGGCGGUUGAUGCAUAUCUUACCUGCGUCGGACAAGAAAGUUUCAAAAAUGACCGAAUUCGAAAUAUCAAAGCUGCCUUUGAAACAACAGAAAGCCAUAAAACGCAAGAACGAUGCCUCCAAAGCACAGUUUAGUUGGAAUUCGUUGUAUAUGAAUCCUGAUGCAGUUCUUGCUUCGGUUGCUGAUCGCCUCGGGGUAUCAAAAGCAGAAUUGCUCGAUCCUGCUUCAGCCGAUGCUGCUGUUAAGCAAGCUCAUGCAGAAACCAGUGUGAUUAAGGAAACCAAAGAUUAUUUGAGAACACAUGGUGUCAACAUUGAUGCUUUUCGAAAUAAGGCUCGUGACGAUAGGACCAUCUUGUUGAAAAACUUCGCUUUUGGCACCACUUCGGAAGAACUGUCUGCUAUGCUGGGCCAGUAUGGAACAGUCGAGAGAUUGGUGUUUCCUACCACAGGAACUAUUGCAGUUGCCCAGUACGCUGAAGCACAUUCUGCAACCUUGGCUUUAAAGGGCCUUGCUUAUCGAAAUCUCAGAGGGUCGGUUCUUUACCUUGAAAAGGCGCCUGAAGGAUUAUGGCAAGGCGACCACGAUUCUGUACAAAAUGAAGGACCCAUGUUUGUUGUUGACACGAAUGAGGAUACUUCAGGGACACCGGCAGCCCUCUUUGUGAGGAACUUGAACUUCGCCACCACAAGAGCAAGGCUGGCUGAAGCUUUCAGCCCUCUACCGGGCUUCUUGUCGGCCCGUGUGAAGACGAGGACCGAUAGCAAACGACCUGGCGAAGUCUUGAGCAUGGGCUUUGGCUUUGUCGAGUUCCGCUCCAAGAGCCAGGCUGAAGCUGCACAAGCAACCAUGAAUGGCCGGGUCCUCGAUGGGCACAAGCUUCUUGUUCAGCUAUCGCAGAAAACUACCGACUUGGCCGAGGAACGUCGUAAGGAUGAUAUCCUCAAAAAGAGCAGUGCCAACAAGACGAAGAUCAUCAUCAAGAACUUGCCCUUCGAGGCCACAAAGAAAGAUAUCCGCUCUCUUUUCGGGGCCUAUGGCCAACUUCGCACCGUCCGCAUGCCGAAGAAGUUCGACAGUAGUGCUCGGGGAUUUGCCUUUGCUGAAUUUGUCUCUGCAAAAGAGGCUGAGAACGCGAUUGAGGCUUUGACAAAUACUCAUCUCCUCGGUCGUAGGCUUGUCCUCGAUUUCGCGGAGAGUGAGGUCAUCGAUCCCGAAGCUGAGAUCAGUGCCAUGGAAAAGAAAGUACAGAGCCAUCAGAACAAGUUGACUCACCACAAGAUGACAGCGUCGGCCCGGAAGAAAUUCAACGUCGAUGCACGAGAAGACGUUGAUCCGCUCUGA